AUGGCGCAUGAUGCAUCAGAGGAGUUGACAAAAUUUCGCCAACAAUGGCAGGAGGAGGUCAGAUCCCGAAAGAAGACAAUAUCCACACACAGACCCCAAGCCGCGAGUGCACAUCAUCGUCCAGAUCGAGCCCCGUCGCCGCACCUGCCAUCGUAUAAUGAGGAGCAUAAGAGUGCUUUUGAAGACCACAAAGAUUCUUCCUACCACGAUCUAGAAGACUUAGAUGAUCAGAGGCGACUACAUAUAGAAGGCGGUUCCCGACCUAACAACAGCCGACAGCCUUCCUCGGCUUUGGAGCAUUACGAGAAGGCCGUACAAAGAGAGGGAGAAGGCAGCUUGGGUGACAGUCUGAAGCACUAUCAUAAAGCCUACCGACUUGACGCAGGUGUUGACAGUCUCUACAAGAGCAAGCAUUUCCCACAGUCUACGUCAAAAGCUACCACCGCGAAACCAUCUAAUGCAUCUAGCACCGUUCCCAACAAUGCUCACCAUUACCUAGAUGGUUCUUCUAAGAUUUCUACGUCUGAUCUCAUUGCAUCCUUUCAGUACUCUUACAUCAACGGCGAAGAGCCACUGAUUGAGGGUUCUCCUGCUCCACCUUGCCCGAUAUCUUUCUUACCCUCAGAACUCUGGGUCAAUCUCCUCACUCAUACGGCGAAUUCCGACCCAGCUUCUUUUGCUCGGCUUGCUCAAGUGUGUAGGCGCCUUGCGUUUCUGGUGGCUGCAGAGGAUCAAAUUUGGCGAGAGGUGUGUCAUGAUCGUGCGUAUGGCUUCGCGGCAAUGCAUUACGCCUGGGCACUCACUAUUACCGGCCAGUCGCUGCCUGCUUCUUUCGAAGAACUGGAUGCUCAGCUUCUGCGAUUGACAAUUGAACGUCCAUCAGUACAAUUUCCCUUGUCGUCCACCUAUCCAAGCUACAAAUCAAUGUUUCAGAAAAGGCCCAGAAUUCGAUUCAAUGGCUGCUAUAUCAGUACGGUCAAUUACAUUAGACCAGGUGGAGCGACUGCAUCACAAGCGACUUGGAAUUCACCAGUCCUCAUUGUCACCUACUACCGGUACCUGCGGUUCUUCAAAGAUGGCUCAUGCAUUUCGCUUCUCACAACAACAGAGCCCGGGGAUGUUGUUCAUUAUCUCACUAAAGAGAAUGUUCACUCAGGCCAUGCAAAUAGUCUACCGACGGCGGUCAUGAACAAUGCUUUGCUUGGACGUUGGAAACUGAGCGGAGAUGCGUAUGCUUCUGAUCCGAACUUACAUGAGGAGGGCACCGUCCAUAUCGAGACAGAGGGCGCAGACGUAGACCGACCUGAGCCCAAAUAUACGUACAAGAUGAUGUUGCAAAUGAAAAGCUCUCGAAAGGCUGCUGGCGCGACGAAGAAUAAUAAACUCGUUUGGCUUGGAUAUUGGUCAUACAAUAAGCUGACGGAUGAUUGGGCUGAAUUUGGGUUGAAGAAUGACCGGGCCUAUGUCUGGAGCCGGGUUAAAAGCUACGGCUAUGAUAUAUGA